AUGCGGGUCAAGGUCAAGUGGAAGAAGAGCCAGCUCGAGAUAGAGGUCGACAGGUCGGCCCCGGUCACAGCCUUCCUGCAGCAGCUACAGACGGUCACGGGCGUCCUCCUCGCCCAUCAGAAGGUGCUGGUGCCAGGCGGCCGCCUCCGGGCCGACGCGGUGUGGAGCGACUAUCCGCGGAUGAAGAAUGGGUGCGCGGUGAUGCUCUUCGGCUCGCCGUCAGUCGAUCCGCGUCUCCAGUCGCACAUCUUCACCAUGCUUCCCGACGAGCUGCUGCUGGCCAUCUUCCGCUUCCUCGACGUCACCUCGCUCGCCCGCGCCCGCCAGGUCUGCAUCCGCUUCUGCGCCGUCGCCUCGGACGCUUCGCUCUGGCGCCCGGUCUGCGACGCCGGCGAGUUUCGCCUCGAGCACGUCUUGGAUGCCUCCAUCCGCGGCGAUACCUCCCUCCAUCGCUUUCAUCGCAUGUUCUGCCACAACCUCAACCGCGCAAGGACGUGGGCCGAGGCCGACGUCGAUUGCACCCUCCUCGCCUAUGGUGACACUGCCCCGCGCACACUCCACACUCUGCAGUUCUCGCCGCUCUUCCUCUGCGCCUCGGAGCGCCGCGCCAUCGCUAGCCCCGAGUCGCUCGCCGCGCCCGGCAAGAUCCACGUUUGGUCCAUGGCCGACGGAUCGCCGGUCAGCACCCUCACCGCCACGUCGUCGGCCCUCAUCCACUUUCGCUUUGCCCGCUCCACUCUUGUUGCUGGCGCUGCCGACGGCGCUCGCGUCUGGGAUCUCGAUACCAUGGCCUGCCGCGGCUAUCUUGCCGCCGGUGACUCCAUCGCCGCCGUCGACGUCCUCCCCUCCGCCAACGCGUGCAUCCUCGCCCCAACUGCUGCGCCCGGCCUUGCACUCUACGACCUUGAGACCGAGGCUCAGCUCCGCUGCCUUGCACCGGGCCCACUGGCCCGCGAGUGCCUCCGCCCCUCGUGGGCCUUUGUCGACUUUACUGCCCGCACCUCGCGCUCGGCCGUCCCGCUCUGGUCGAUGGUCUCACUUCGGCCGCUCGCUCACGCUGCGCCGAGCGAGGCACCAGGGAGCUCGACCGCCGAUGCACUGCCACUUCUUGACCUUGACACCAUUUCGGGCCCGCUGGCGCACGACCCGCUGCCUGCCGCGACGGGCGAAGACGAUUCGGGCUUUGCGCAACCUGUUCCAGCCCCGAUCAUCUCUCACAUCCUACACGACGCCGCUGCCGCCGCCAAUCCAUUCAUGCACUGCUCCGCGGCGUCCGAUCACCUCGUCGCCGGCUUCACUCCUUCACAGGCGUACGUCUUUGACAUUCGUGCUCCGCUCCCGGUUCGAUCCUUUGCUGCAAACAGCGCCGGCCGCAACUCAAAGAUCACGCCCAACCUCCACGGCGCACUCUCGGCGUCGGGUCGGUUCACCCUGACCGAUCUCGGCACGUCCAAGCCCAUUCUCUCCAUCCGCCCCGACACAGACAUUACCACCCACGCCCAGACUCACGCCAUGGACUUUACCGCGGUCCGUGCCGUCUUUGCCUUGGCCACCAUGCGCUACCCUGUCGUCUCGGUCGUCGAUUUGCAGACCGGUGACCCGAUGGCGUUUCUGGACGACCCUGUGCUCAUCGACCGUGUGUCAGGGGGAGCCCGCGGAAAUGGCGUUUACUUUCCCGGCUCGAUGUCGUCGCUUCUGCAGGCCUCGCACGAGCUCGUAGUCUGCGGGCAACGGACCGACGGCGUCUCGAUCUGGGCCGCCGGCCUCGCGCCGUUUUGA